UUUGUAGUUACCGUAUACUAAACAUUAAUAAGAAACUUCCUUCUCCAUUUGCAAGCAGAAAGACUCGGUCCCUUGCAGGUACAUACCAUUCCAAAAAUAUCAUAAAUAGAGAGUGUGAUGUAACUCCUUUCAACUUGUGAUCAUCCGGAGAGAUUCCAGAAACUCUGUAGCUCACCAAGAAACUUAUGAUUGGCCCUAGAAGUUGAUAAAAACCUCAAUUUUUAUCCAAGAAAACAGAGACAGAGAGGAAUUCAAAGAAUCUUGGAGGGGUUAAAUAUAUAUGGAUGUAAGGAAAAUUGUUGUAAUUGUGGAAGAUGUGGACAUAGCAAGAACUGCACUCCAAUGGACUCUUCACAAUCUCCUGAGAUAUGGAGAUAUAAUAACUCUUCUCCACGUAUUCUCUAUCACAAGAUCAAGAAGCAAGAAGAAGCUCAGGCUUUUACGCGUCAAAGGUUUCCAAUUGGCUCUCUCUUUCCAAGACCUCUGCAACAAUUUUUUCAAUAUGAAGACAGAGAUAGUGGUGACACAAGGGGAUCAAGAUGGUGGAAAGAUUGCUGCCAUGGUUAGAGAAAUUGGUGCUUCUACUCUUGUUGCUGGACUUCAUGAUCAGAGCUUUCUUUACAGUUUGGCCAUGACCCACAACCACAUUGCAAGCAAUUUGAAUUGCAAAGUUCUAGCCAUCAAGCAACCAACACCACCAAUGACCACAAGGACAAGAACAAGAAACAUUUCUUUUCAAGAUAGUUCAACCAACAUGGACUUCUCGCAAAUUGAAAUUGAUGCACUCAGCUUCCCAGAAGUUAUUCAUCCAAAAAUUCCAUACCAAGUUUGUCCAGAUCGUCAUUCUAUCAUUUGGAGAUCAGGAAGAUCAAGAAGAUCGAUGGUCAAGAAGGAACUAAAUUCAGAAUAAUUUUGUAAUUUCAAUGAGGGAAUAUAUAUGCAUUUUUUCCA